AUGGUCGGACAAGAGCUGCGCAAGAUGACGGCGUUUAUCAAGCAGGAGGCGACGGAGAAGGCGCGCGAGAUCGAGAUCAAGGCGGACGAGGAGUUCGCGAUCGAGAAGUCGAAGCUGGUGCGGCAGGAGACGGACGCCAUCGACACGGCGUACCAGAAGAAGUUCAAGCAGGCGACCAUGUCGCAGCAGACGACGCGGUCGACCGUGGCCAACAAGACGCGCCUGCGCGUGCUGGGCGCCCGCCAGGCCCUGCUCGACGACAUCUUCGCCGCCGCCGCCGACAAGCUGGGCGACGCCGCCAAGGACCCCGCCCGCUACGAGGACGUCCUCAAGGGCCUGCUCCUCGAGGGCUUCUACGCCAUGAGCGAGCCGGAGCUGCAGGUCCGCGCGCGCAAGGCCGACUACGAGAUCGUGCGCAAGGCCAUCGACGCCGCCGCUGCCGAGUACAAGGAGAAGGUUGGCAGCGACGUCAAGGCGACGAUUGACGAGGAGAACAACGUGCCGGAUGGGAGCACUGGCGGUGUGGUAAUCGUUGGGGGCAACGGCAAGAUCGAUCUCAACAACACCUUUGAGGCGAGGUUGGACCUGCUCCGGGAAAGCGCCCUUCCGGCUAUGCGCGAGGCUCUGUUUGGCAAGAACCCGAACCGCAAGUUCUACGACUAA